CUCCACUCUGCACCGCCUCUCAUCCUUUGCAAUAAAAACAACACAUUCUCACCCUCUCUAUUAAUACACUCAUACGCAAAAACUGAAAACAAACCCCCAAAAAAUGGCGACAAAGCUCCUCACUUCAUCUCGCUCCAAACCCCUCUUCUUCAAAACCCUACCCUCUCUAUUCCUCUCUCCUCUCUCCACAGCAGCUGCGGCAGCGAAAUUACCUCCCGAUGAUUCAGACGUCAUUUCCAUGAAAGGCGUCAAGAUCUCUGGCCGCCCUCUCUAUCUCGACAUGCAAGCGACGUCACCCGUCGAUCCUCGUGUCCUCGAUUCCAUGCUCCCCUUCUUCACCUCCCAAUUCGGCAAUCCCCACUCCCGCACCCACCUCUACGGCUGGGAAUCCGAUAAAGCCGUCGAGCAUGCCCGCUCCCAGGUGGCCGCCCUCAUCAACGCCUCUCCGAAGGAGAUCAUCUUCACCUCCGGCGCCACCGAGUCCAACAACAUCUCCAUCAAGGGCCCGAUGCAUUUCUAUAAGCCCUCCAAGAAUCACGUAAUUACGACCCAGACUGAGCACAAGUGCGUUCUUGAUUCUUGCCGGCAUCUGCAGCAGGAAGGGUUUGAAAUCACGUAUCUGCCCGUCGAGAAGGAUGGGAUUAUCGAUCUUGACCGUCUGAUCUCUGCGUUCCGUCCGAAUACUGGGUUGGUCUCUGUGAUGGCCGUUAAUAACGAAAUUGGUGUUAUCCAGCCGAUGGAGGAGAUUGGACGGAUCUGCCGGGAGAGGAACGUGCCGUUCCACACGGAUGCUGCCCAGGCUCUAGGGAAGAUCCCGAUUGAUGUUGAGAAGAUGAAUAUAAGUCUGAUGUCGCUGAGCGCGCAUAAGAUUUAUGGCCCGAAGGGAGUUGGUGCGCUGUACAUGAGGCGGCGCCCGCGCAUCCGUGUCGAGCCCCAGAUGAACGGCGGUGGGCAGGAGCGUGGCAUCCGGAGUGGGACCAUCCCUGCGCCGCUGGUUGUAGGGUUUGGGGCUGCAUGCGAGAUUGCAAUGAAGGAGAUGGAGUAUGAUGAGAAGCGGAUCACGGCGUUGCAGGAGCGGCUUUUGAAUGGGAUUCGUUCGAAGCUUGAUGGGGUUGUUGUGAAUGGGAGCCUAGAGAGGCGGUAUGCAGGGAAUAUCAAUCUGUCGUUUGCUUAUGUCGAGGGGGAGAGUCUUCUGAUGGGGCUGAAAGAGGUGGCGGUGUCGAGUGGGAGUGCGUGCACAAGUGCCAGCUUGGAGCCCUCAUAUGUGUUGAGGGCGUUGGGGGUGGAAGAAGACAUGGCCCACACGUCGAUCAGGUUCGGGAUUGGGCGUUUCACGACGGAGGCUGAGAUUGAUAGGGCCAUCAACCUUACAGUGAAGCAGGUGGAGAAGUUGAGGGAGAUGAGUCCACUUUAUGAGAUGGUGAAGGAAGGUAUCGACAUUAGAAACAUCCAAUGGUCGCAGCACUGAUGUUUGAUGAAACGAUGAAGGUGAUGAGGUUUUGUUUGUGGGAUCAGAAUCUGUGUAUAUGUGAAGAAGCAAGGUUUUAGCUUUCCGAGCAUAGAUGGAGCUGCCACGAGCUUUAGACAGGUUCCUCUCUAAGCAUAAUAGUUUCUGGUUUUAGUAUUUAUCCGGUACUGUAACUAUAGUUAUGAUUUUGAAAUCUAGAGCUAACACAGAAAAUGCAUAAAUUUUACAUGAAUUUUAUAGCUGAUUGAGUAUUGUAUAUUCA